GAGGCGUGUCAGCCGGUGUGGAUCACGUACUUGACAAGGCGGAGUUCUGAUGAACCACAGUUUUCUGUUUGGCCGCUACUGUAUGAUAAAGGAAGCACGCUCAAACGGUACAUGUAGAGGCGCCUCUGAAGGAAGGAGGAAGACAGCACCUCAGCAGCCACUGAAAACAUCGCCAGCUGUCGGAGAGCAUCAUGGGAGGAGCAGUGGUGGACGACGGGCCUCCCGGCGUGAAGGCGCCAGACGGCGGCUGGGGCUGGGCAGUGCUGGCCGGCUGCUUCGUCAUCACCGGCUUCUCCUACGCCUUCCCCAAGGCUGUCAGCGUCUUCUUCAAGGAGCUGAUCCGCGAGUUUGAUGUCGGCUACAGUGACACCGCCUGGAUCUCCUCAAUUCUGCUUGCAAUGCUUUACGGCACAGGCCCUCUGUGCAGUGUAUUGGUAAACAGGUUCGGCUGCCGACCGGUGAUGAUGGUCGGAGGGCUCUUUGCCUCGCUGGGAAUGAUUUUGGCCUCCUUUGCCACCAGCAUUAUACACAUCUACCUAUGCACCGGAGUGAUUACAGGUCUGGGCCUGGCGUUGAACUUUCAGCCAUCUCUGAUUAUGCUGAAUCGCUACUUCAAUCUGAAACGUCCUCUAGCCAACGGCCUGGCAGCAGCAGGCAGCCCUGUGGCGCUGUGCUGUCUCUCUCCGCUGGGACAGGUUCUCCAGUACCAGUAUGGCUGGAGGGGGGGCUUCCUCAUACUGGGAGGGAUACUGCUCAACUGCUGUGCCUGCGGUGCCCUCAUGCGGCCCUUGAUCGCCACGAAGGCCCAGGGGCUCGAUGAGAGCGCUCCUCCAGCUGCAACAGAGGAGAGGCCAAAGAAGAAACUGUUGGAUUUCAGCGUGUUCAAGGACAGAGGCUUUGUCAUCUACACCACCGCCGCAUCCAUUAUGGUGUUGGGCUUGUUUGUGCCCCCAGUUUUCGUGGUCAGCUAUGCUAAAACCCUCGGCUAUGAGGACACUAAAUCGGCACUGCUGCUCACCAUCCUGGGAUUCGUCGACAUGUUUGCCCGGCCGCUGUCGGGACUCAUAGCGGGAAUGAAGUGCGUGCGGCCCAAGAGUGUCUACCUAUUCGGCUUUGCCAUUAUCUUCAACGGGUGCACCGACCUCAUAGGAUCGCAGGCGACUGACUAUUCAGGUCUGGUGGUCUUCUGCAUCUUCUUUGGUAUAUCCUACGGCAUGGUGGGAGCGCUGCAGUUCGAGGUCCUCAUGGCCAUCGUAGGGACGGAGAAGUUCUCCAGCGCCCUAGGCCUCGUGCUGCUGAUGGAGGCUGUUGCCGUUCUGCUGGGACCUCCCGGAGCAGGUCGCCUGCUGGAUGCCACCCAUCAGUACAUGCACGUCUUCCUGUUGGCAGGCUGUGAGGUCACACUGUCGGCUUUUGUCAUCACUUUGGGGAACUUCUUUUGCAUUAGAAAGAAACAAGAAGACCCGGAGGUUAACAUGGAGAUGGCUGUGACUGCUUCAGAGAUGGAGAGGCUGAACCGUGCUGAUGAAGGCCAGGAAGCCGACAAAGGCGAAAUGCCGGGAGGAAAAGAGAAUGGGACGGUUGAUGCUGUGAUGCCAGGGGAGGUGGUGAUGAUGAAGGAGAAGGGGGAGGAGGGCGGAGAUGAAAACAAGAUGUUAUGAAGAAUAAGAUUAGCAAUGAGGAAAGGCGAACUGUGACACAUGAGGACACAGAAGUGGAUAAUGAUUUGCAAAGGCAUGGAAAGAGAAACAGAGAAAGUACAGGGGGACGGAUGGUUUGGAAAGAGGGCAGAUGUUACCCUUUAAAUGAAAUCCCCAAUCUGAUAUAAUGGAUACAUGGCGGAGGUGGUCCAUUAUUAAGAUCUUCUGAAUCAGAAUUAGUUAAAUGCUACAUGUGAUCACAUCCUGUUUUCUAAACUCAGGACUCAAGCUAGUCUACUUCCUAUUUCCCUAAUGAUUUUAAAUGAGUUCAUAAAAAAAAACACCUUCACUCAAGGUCCACCUGCUGACCUUUAUCUGGAACUUUCAGCUUCUUCUCACAGCCACCAGAUGGGAGGCACUCAGUUAAUACCUAGUUCUUGGUUCAAAUGUGUAUAUGUCAUGAACUGCAAGUGCAGUGGGGUUUCGUGAUCCAUGCUCAGGUCAUGUGAUGACAACUUAGCAAACUCAAUUUGCUUAUGAGGACUGUUUUGGAAAGCCAGUCAGUGGACCUUGGAUUAUAUGGAAAAAAAAAAACAAACCCUACUUCUUUGUUGCACUGUUUUCGCUUUAUUUAUUGCAAGUAUUUAUUGACAUCGUAUGUCAAAUUAGGACAAGAACUCACACUCAGAGUAGAAAAGUGAAAUUUUGCUAGUAAGUAUUUGGGGCAGCUGUUGACUGAUAUAUUUCAAAUGAAGUCUUUUUUUUCUUUUAACUGCUGUGUGCUAUUUUCAAAGACUUCAGCCAGUUGCUGUGUGAUGCAUUAGUCUGAAGGAUACUGGAACAAAGUUGGAUUGUUAGUCACAGGGGACUAUACCAGUGUUACACUCAGUUGAUGAAUGUAUGUCCUAUGCUGCCUUUACUUUUCUGGUCUAUGAACACUCAAAGCUGCUUGGUUCAGUGUUGGUAAGACACCAGAGAGUGUGAACAAGAUGCUCUAUUCCUUAUUUAUUACUCAACAGACCAACACAAGAAAGCAAGCCCAACUUGCUUGAGUGAAGAAAUGUGGCACUCACUCAUUGCACUUGAGUGAAGAAAUGAGUGCGCUCACUCAUUGCGUUUAUUCUGAGUACUGUCUUGCACAAUGUAGGCAUGCAAUGCCUGUUUUCCAAAAUAAAUGACUUUUCUCUUGAGAUAAAUGGCUGGCAUCCUUGUACUGUUCAGCACAACGCUUACAUUCACAUCAAAUGUGACUGUGCUUAGCUUCUGCCAGUUGACUUCUUCAGUGAUUAAUGUUAACUGGAGACCACACAUUAGAUUUCCAAGCUGUUGUACAAAUGGGCAAAACCCAUGUAUGUGCGAAUGAAGGUCUCCCAACUUUUUGCACCCUUUAAGUCUUCUUGCAGUCGGUCUUUCAUCACUGACAUAAACCGAUUCAUUCGCAGGUAGAAUUAAUUCAAGGCACAAAAAGGUACAAGUAGUUCAUUUAUUUACAGUUUAAGUGGCAAAUAUAAAUGUGAUAAAGUAAAUCUUACUGAUCUGGUUGCUUACAUAAUUCAAUAGGUGUAGAGGGCUUAGCCAAAGUAGUCGAGGAUCAAAAUCAAAAGUAAGUUAAAAAAAAAAAAAAAAAAAUGAGCAGCAAGAAUUAUUAUUAA